GCAAGCGGCGGUCACGUGACGCAGUGCGGCGCGCUUCGCUGUGCACCUGCACAGAGUGGAGGAAAAGGACGAGGCGGUGUGGAGUUUGGAUGCUGUAUCGGGGCUGAGCUGCCGAGUCUCACUUCAAAUUCAGUACAAGUUCUUCGACCAAGUUUCACUGAACAAGCGGCGGAAUAGUUGAGCAGGAAUGGAGCUUUCGGCGGCCCGGUGGUGUGUCACACUGUUGAGCCUCUUCGCAGGCUUGACCUCAGGUCUACAGAUCACAUCAUCUUCAGCGUCUACGCCCACAGAGGUGGCCAGCGGACAGAGCGUGAAGCUGGAUUGCCAGUUCACUCUGGCUUCUGAGGAUUCUGGACCACUGGAUAUUGAAUGGAGCUUGGUGGCGUCUGACAACCAGAAAGACGACCAAGUGAUCAUUUUGUAUUCGGGCGACAGAGCCUAUGAGAACUACGACACACCCGUCAAAGGUCGGGUCCACUUCAAUUCGCCCGAUCCAAAGAAUGGCGACGCCUCAGUCAACAUUCUAACGGUGAAGCCAACGGACACCGGCACCUACCAGUGCAAAGUGAAGAAGGCCCCUGGUGUCCGCAACAAGAAAAUGCAGCUGGUUGUUUUGGAGAAGCCGUCCAAGCCCAGAUGCUACAUUGAGGGCUCCUCACAUGAAGGCAAAGACGUUGUGCUGAGGUGCACAUCUGAUGCGGGAAGCAAACCCAUGACAUACAGCUGGGAGAAGACUACUGGCAGCAAAGUGCUGCCCGCCUCCUCAGUGCUGGAUCCUGUGUCAGGCACAGUCAGCGUGAAGAAUGCAUCUGCCAGUGCAUCUGGCACGUAUCGCUGCACCACUACCAAUCGCGUUGGCGCAGAGCAGUGUGUGCUCGACCUCAGCGUGACACCUAUCCCAAAUACUGCCGGCAUCGUCGCGGGAUCCAUAAUUGCUGUCCUCUUGAUCCUCCUCAUCAUCGCCAUUAUCCUGUUCUGCUUCUGCCGUGCUCGUAACAGGAAAAAGUACGAGAAGGAAAUCUGCAAUGAGAUAAGAGAGGAUGUGCCCCCUCCCAAGAGUCGCGCUUCAACUGCUCGAAGCUUCACUGUGGCCAGCCAGCGCUCCUCACUGGGCUCCAUGUCGCCUUCCAACCUGCACGAGUAUGCCCUGAAGCCUCAGUACGACAAGAUUCCCUCAUCAGAGGAGUACGACAGGCCUCCGAGCCAGGCUCCGAUGCCGCCGCCCUCCGCCGCCAAGAUGGCCGGCUACAACCUGAGCCGCAUGGGGGGCAUCCCUGUCAUGGUUCCUGCCCAGACAAGGGACGGUUCAAUCGUCUAGCACAUCGUCUUCACGGGAAAGGACUGUGCAAAGAGGGGACUGAACAGAAGGAAGUGGGACAAAAGCUGAUGAAGAAUGGAGCUGGGAUGGAUGCACUCGCCUGAUUUUUAGCUCUUCAUUAUUUACAUACGGGAAUAUUCUCUGCUUAUGGAGACCCGGCUCUGCUGUGGUGCUGAGAAGAGAAUUUGAGUUGUACACAACAGAGUAAAUGAAGUUUUUAUCAAAUGCAAAAACAUACAAAAAAAAAACUUUCAUGAAUUAAUGUCCAGGAGACAAAAUUAGUGUCCAGUUAAUGUGGGUAUAAAGCAGGCCGGCAAAGUAAAUAAAUGUCUGUUGUAUAUAUGCAUGUUUUUUUGUUUUGUUUCUGUUUCUUGUCUUUUUUUUAAACAUACAUGGCCGUUGCUGUAGAGUUGUACUGUAUGUUUAAAACAGAUCCAGGCCCCUGAAUGGCCUGCUGCACAGCUGUAUGCAUGCAUGUAUAAAAUUACAGCUGUGUGCGUGCGUGUGUCUGUAAGGCAGUAUGAGAAGUUUCUCGUUCAUUUACUUUCUUUAAAAUACUAAAUAACUGUUUGAGCCGGUCUUCACUUGGUCCUGAUGAUAAAACUUCAGUGUAAAACCUCUUCAGAGACGCUCGUUAGGAGGAAAGUCACAGAUCUGGUUUAAUCCCUGCACCGAGUGCACCGACUGCUUAUGUGGGUCAGCCGUUUUCUUUCCAACGCUUCUUCUGUUGUUUGAAUUGUCCACUGUGGGGUUGGCUGGGGAUUUGAGGGUGGACAGGAUUGGCUGGCAGCGAGGGGGAGGUUCAGGCGAGCAGAUCUUGUGAUUGGGUGUAUUGUUGCUUCUUGAGUGAGCUUAAAAAGAACCAGUGUCCAUCCCCCAACUCUUCUCCAGAAAACUUUGAAGAGGUGCAGAGAAAUAAUGGAGGCAGCUGGACAACAAGGUUCACUGAGCACUCGGCACUGAUUUUGUUUGACUGUCCGCAGGCCUUUAACCACCCGAAGGACGUGUAGGCGUACCGAACGGAUUAAACACCAAGUUUUAAUUUAUCAUCGGUAGUAGCUCACCCCCCUCAGAGGUGCCACGUAUGCAAUCCUCUGUAUCUGAGGUGCAUUACAAGGAUCCUAUAUCUUAAUGAACCUUCUCUGUGUGGUUAAUGUGAAACCUUUUGUGGCUUAAUUAAGAUGUUUUUUUAAUGAUGUAAAGCAGGAUGAAGAAAGUUCCCACACAGAGAAACAAAUGGUGAAUAUUCUGUCUACAUUAUAACCAAUCCAAGUUUAUUUUGCUCUCAGAUCCUGUGAACGUUGGUGCGGUCGGUCGGUUUAAGUUGCCAUAAUGACGUCUGUUAUUUAAUUUCCAUUCUUCCACCAUUUGGAAGACCAAAAAUCUCAUCUUCUGUUUUCUAUUUUCCAAGAUAAAAAGUAGUAAUUUAGCGGGGAAAAGUGUUUCUUUUCACUCUGACGCCUUAUUGUGCUCCUUGUUUUAGCCUUACACACUCCUCCUUCGUUCACUUCCUCACAGCUCAGUUAUGAUGACUUCUAUCGUGCCUUGUUUUCCCAGUUCAGUUGUGUUGUAGCACGUCUGCCACUGGUACACUGCGCCGUGUGCAGUAACAUCGCCCUGCAUGGCCGCCAGUGCCACGAUAUCAAAGAACAAUAAUCUGUACACAGCCUGUUUUGUACUUUCUGUUGUCCCACACCCACUUACCUCAUAGAUUCCCCCACAGCUUGCAAAACCUUUACGACUGUCUUAAACCUUCUAUUUUUUUAUUCCAAAAACAUGAUUUUGUUCUUUUUUUUUAAACUUCAUUUUAAACCUCAGUAAGCAGUUUUUUUUUUUCUCUUUUUAAGAAAAGAGAAAAAAACAGCUAAAUGGCUCCGGCUGUAUGUAUAAAUAUUUUGUCAAAGUAACCCUAUCUAAUCGCAACAAAAUGAAAGAUGUAAAGACGACACUGUCUAUAUGGAUGUUUGUGAUGCUCUGCUGUGCUUGACACAUCUAUAUCUAGGAGGGGGUUAGUACAGAGCGCGUGUGCGUCAGGUUUUCGUGUGUGUAUCUAAGAGGAGGUGACAGCUGUAGAAAAGUCUUGGCCCCUGGACUGCAGAUUUGAUGUAACACCAAGAAAAGUGAGAUGCGGGCCUGUCUAGACAAAGAAAUUACAUCUGUCAGAUCUACUUAAACACUCUUCUGUGUGCAGGUUUGUGUGCGAGAGCGAGAACUGGCAGAUGUAUUGCUGAGGGGAGUUUGUUGGUGGGCCCCUAUAGGAUUCUAUUUAGACCCUUCACCUGCUGGCAAAGUGUACAGAGCUCACAGAGAGGCGCUCCUGCUACUGUCCCUCUCUGUGCUCACAACAUUAAUAACUAAUAUUACUAACCGUACUAAUAGUAGCUUUGAAAUCAGCCUACUAAUACUAUAUGAAGAUCUACUUUUAAGGUUUGCACGUGCGUGGAAACCGCUUUUCUUUUUUGUGUGUAUCAUUUGUGCUUUAUUUUUGAAUAAUAAAAGUCCAUGAAACAAGAAA